CUCAUGUGACACGGAGAAAAAAAAAACGGAAAUAAAAUGGCAGCGACAGGGGACGAAGCUUCAUCCAUGGACAACAUCUCUCGGGCUCCAUCGGCCCACACAGCGGCUCCGACACCGGCCGCGGGCCCCAGCAGUCAGGCAGAAGGCCCGGAGGAUGCAGCGGCCAGCCCGGCGCCCGCUCCCAGGAAGCCCCACACCAACAGUGAUGGAGGUGUGGAGACAGCAGAGGAGGCUGUGGAGCCUGCAGAGCCUGACAUCAACGAGCUGUGCACUGACAUGUUUGACAAGAUGGCCAUCUUCCUGCAAGGAGAACUCACAGCCACCUGCGAGGAUUACUGUCUGUUGGAGAACAUGAAUAAGUUAACCAGUCUGAAGUACAUGGAAAUGAAGGACAUCAGCAUCAAUAUCAGUCGUAACCUGCAGGACCUCAACAAUAAGUAUGCAAGCCUACAGCCCUACUUGGACCAAAUAAAUCAGAUCGAGGAGCAAGUCUCUGCACUUGAGCAAGCUGCUUACAAACUGGACGGGUACUCCAAAAAGCUGGAGGCCAGAUUCAAAAAACUGGAGAAGCGAUGAAGAGGAAGAAGAGUCAGACUGAGAGUUACGGUGGCUUCUCACCUUCUCUCACCCUGCCCUGCCUAAGUCUGUUGUUGGCAGUGGAGCCAGAAGCUGUGGGCAGGAUGUUAACUGAGACUGAAACAACAAGUCGGAGCCAUUUUGACACCUAGAAUUGACCAAGGAGGAAGCAGCUGAAGGAACAUGAACUAGUAUCCGGGUGCUGAGCUUAGAUUUAACUCCAGUAUCCCGGUUUUUGGCAGAGGACCUGCAGCCAUGAUGUACAUGAAUCCACAGUGUAUAUCCACAUUCCUCUGCAGAUAUGCUUUAUGUUGAAUAAAUCUGCUCAACGACCAGCAUAUCCUAAAUGAGUGAUGGAAACAGACUGUAUCUAAUGAAAACCACAGCAGAUUGGCCGGCCCUUCACUGUUUGAGGUGUAAAUAAUGACAUUUUUGUCGUAUGUAGAUAAUAAACAUGAUGAAACAUG